GUGACGGUCAGAACUUGGUUACCGAAGACGUGACGGUGGUGGAGGGAGACGUGGCCACCAUCAGCUGCCGGGUCAAGAACAGCGACGACUCGGUGAUCCAGCUCCUGAACCCCAACAGACAGACGAUUUACUUCAGAGACUUCAGACCACUGAAGGACAGCAGGUUCCAGCUGGUGAACUUCUCCAACAGCGAGCUCCGAGUCUCCUUGACAAACGUCUCCAUUUCUGAUGAAGGAAGGUACUUCUGCCAGCUCUACACCGAUCCCCCCCAGGAAAUUUAUACCACGAUUACCGUGCUCGUCCCGCCACGCAAUUUGGUAAUUGAUGUCCAGAAGGAAAUCGCCGUGGAGGGAGAAGAGAUUGAGCUGAACUGCACCGCCAUGGCCAGCAGACCAGCCACCACCAUCAGAUGGUUCAAAGGAAACAAGGAGCUGACCGGCAAGUCCGAAGUGGAGCAGUGGUCCGACAUGUACACGGUGACCAGUCGGCUGGUGCUGAAGGUGGGACGGGAGGACGACGGGGUCCCCGUCAUCUGCUUGGUGGAUCACCCCGCGGUCAAAGACUUGCAGACGCAGCGUUACCUGGAAGUCAUGUAUAAGCCUCAAGUGCGGGUUUCUCAGAAUUACCCAGUGCAAGGCCUCACGAGAGAAGGGGAGCCGCUGGAACUGACGUGCGCAGCUUUUGGAAAGCCACAGCCUACGGACAUGAGGUGGUUAAGAGUAGAUGAUGAGAUGCCUCAACACGUUGUAGUGUCUGGUUCAAACCUUCUCAUUAGUAACCUAAACAAAACAGAUAAUGGUACAUACCGCUGUGAGGCUUCAAACGCGGUGGGGAAAUCACAUGCGGAUUACAUGCUGUUUGUAUACGGUACGUGA